AUGUAUGGGCUGUAUCACUCGACAGGCGCAAAUAUAUUAGAAUUCUUCUUCUUCUACCUGGUUCAGAAUGUGGUCCCUGCCGCUCUCAUUAUCACCACGCGGAAAAGCUCUCCCCUGCGCUAUCUGUGCAUUCCUGGGAUGAUAUGGAUCGCGAGCAGGUUCAUCCGUCCCUUUGGCUCAUCUGGCAGUCCCACAUGGUGCCAGGCUAUAACACAGCUUGUCAUUGCGACUUUGCAGGCAACAAAUCUGUUGUUACUCAACCCUCUGGCCAACGCAGACAUCUCGCGGAGCGCAAAGAGCGUUCAAAACUUUGGAUCUAGAUUGAUCGCACCAUUUCGUUUGCUUGCUCAAACCCGCGCUGUCAAUACACAAUGGCAGGUCAAGAAUGUGCCUUCUCAUCCAAAGUAUUACAUGCGGCGGGGUAUGCAGGUCCCAACACGGGGUCGAUUUUUGCUGCGACAGUUGGCAAUCGUCGUAUGGCAGUGCUUGGUGCUGGACCUAGUUCAAACGGUUUCGCUUCAGAAGGCGAGGGAACGUGAUAUGCAUGAACCCGCGUCGUUGCAAGUCGAAUGGAUUGUGCCUAUGGGGCAAUGGGUAGAGCGAAUAGCUACGCAUCUUUCUAUUUGGUUUGUGGUAAACCGUCUAAUCAGCGAUCUUGCGUAUCGAGUAUUAUCAAUAUUCUUUGUCGGGAUCGGGCUAGAUUCUCCUGCAGACUGGCCACCAGCCUUUGGGAGUAUGGCGGACGUGUUUACAUUGCGCAAAUUUUGGGGGAAAUUCUGGCAUCAAUUCAUGCGCCAGCCCUUUACUUCUAUUAGUAACUUCAUCACACGAGAUGUUUUGAAUCUUACCAGAUCUUCAAUACUCGAGCGAUACACCAAUCUUUUCAUCGUCUUUCUCGUCUCUGCGAUAUUUCAUGUCAUAGUGGAUAUACUGCAGAGCAUUCCGAUGGAAAGGUCCGGCUCGAUGCCAUUUUAUUUAGCAUUUGUCGUCGGGAUAAUGCUCGAAGAUGGAGUGCAAAAUAUUUGGAAACAGGUACAAACACUUGACGUCAGUCAAGAGGAGGCAAAACAAUCAUCGGACAUCGUGUCACUUUGGAAGCGUGCUGCUGGGAUGGUAUGGGUUAUGCUAUGGCUUGGGGUCACCUCGACAUGGUAUUUUACUCCGAUGAUUCAAUCUACGAAUGAUGAUCUGCGGGUGAUUCCUUUCAGUGUUGCAAAAUAUAUCGGCUUCCAAUCGCUUAUAGGUAUUGUCAUGGGUAGUGGAGUUGGCAUUGCAGUUAUGUUUGAAGUUGAGAUAUGA